CGACAAUCACAACCGCCACACAUAGAGGUAGACAACGGCUGUUCAACAUCUAAGAGAAAGGAGAUUCAGUCAAUUGAAACAAACAAACCCUACUACAGAGGAAUCAGGAUGAGGAAGUGGGGGAAGUGGGUCGCCGAGAUUCGAGAACUCGAUAAACGUUCUCGUAUUUGGCUUGGUUCUUACUCCUCCCCCGUCGACGCCGGUCGUGCCUACGACACCGACGUUUUCUACCUCCGUGGCCCAUCGACACGUCUUAAUAUCCCUGAUUCAAUCGGAGACGACAGUGAUCUACAUGACCUCUCCUCCGAUUCGAUUAGAAAGAAGGCCACAGAGGCCGGAGGUACGGUCGAAGACGUAUGUGUAGGUGGUGGAGAAGAUAUCUGAUAAGAGAGGCGGUGGGGGAAGUAUAAGGAACAAAAAUGAAAGCGGUGGAAGGAACUGGUGGUGUAACA